AUGAAGAAGCUCAUCGUACACCAACCUAUCAGAGCCUUACUGCGUCAAGGUCUCUACCCAGAAGCCCUCCAAGCCUCCACAUCAACCUCACCUCUCAACCCAUUUCUCACAAACCAAACCUACGCUCUUUUUCUUAAGUCGGGUCACCGCCUCGACCCCUUCCUCGCCUCAGCUGUCAUUUCCCAAUUUGCCAAAUUGGGUCUCUUUUAUCACGCCCUUCAGUUCCUCAACGACACCCCUGACCCGGAUACAGUCUCUUACAACGCCCUCAUUGCUGGGUUGGCCCGCUCCGGCAGACCCGGACCCGUUUUCGAUCUCUUUGAUCGGUUGAGGCAUGUGGGUCUCAGGCCUGAUGCUUUUACAUUGAGUUCUUUGGUUAAGGCUUGUGAUGGUUUGGAAGAGAAUGAGAUUGCCCAUGGGGUUUGUUUGAGGUUGGGGCUUGGCUAUGGAGGUUUUGUGGUUAGUGGGUUGGUUGAGAAUUAUAUGAGGAAUGGGGCUGUUGGGUCGGCUGAGAAGUGUUUUAGGGAGUGUUUGGUUGUGGACAAUGUGGUUUGGACCGCUAUGGUUUCUGGGUAUGUUUGGAGUUGUGAGUUUGAAAAGGGUAGGGAGGUUUUUGCGGAGAUGAGGGGUUUGGGUUUGGAGUUGAAUGAGUUUAGCUUGACUGCUGUGCUUGGUGCAUUGUUUGAUGAGAAAGAGGGGGAACAGGUUCAUGGGGUUGGUGUCAAAAUGGGAUUUUUAUGGGGGUGUUCAGUUCAUUUGAGUAAUGCAAUUAUGAAUAUGUAUUCUAGGUGUGGGAAUCAGCAGAAUGCCGCAAAGGUUUUCGAUGAAAUUACUGACCCGGAUGUUGUUUCUUGGACUGAAAGGAUAGGAGCUGCUUCUGAUGGUGUGGAAGCUUUAGAACUGUUCAAAAUUUUGCACUCUGGGGAUGUGAAGGUAAAUGAAUAUACAAUUAUAAAUGUAUUGUCAGCCAUUGUAGGGCUGGGGAUGUUAAAUCCCGGUAAGCAAAUCCAAGCACUUUGUCAGAAGCUGGGGUAUUUACGGGUGGUUUCUGUUGGCAAUGUGUUAAUAUCCAUGUAUGGGAAGUGUGAGCAGAUUGGUGAUGCUAGGUCCAUAUUUGAUGAUAUGCUUUGCCGAGAUUCUGUCUCUUGGAAUUCUUUGAUUGCUGGAUAUUCUGAGAAUGGACUUGUUACUCAGGCUUUGGAGCCUUCUUGA